AUGGUGGCUUUGAUAAAUGCACUUACCUACUGGAGUCCAAGUCUGCAACCUGGCCGGCCUGGAAUUAAACAAAUUUUGGAGAGUUUUGAAGCACCGGCAGCAGCAAAAGCACAGAAAAUAGAGGCAUGUGAGAUCCAAGUGGGCAAGGGCCUAAUAGUGGCAGAAUCGAUUUCCCCAGUAGGCAGAGGAACAGCAGGAUUGCUAUUAAUAAAAGGCACGCCGCUACCGCCACCUUUAUCUGGCAUCAAUGUUGGCACUGUUGUCAUUGGAGAGCUUGCAGCACUACCACCAGGUGCAGGAGCAGGGGAGAAGGCUGUUUCAUCUCGAGGACGGAAUGGCCACGGGUAUGCAGGAGAAGAUGACACCUUGUCGCCUGGAGUUGGUGCUGGAACUGGAGGAGAUGGCAUUGGAGGGAGUUGCACUGGUGGCGGUGAUGGUGCUGGAGAGACUUUUAUGGAGAGUUUUUGUGAGUCUUGA